AUGUAUUGGAAUAUCAGAGGACUGGGCACGUCGAGAGGAAGGUUGAAAAAGCUGGUAAAAAGUUUUAACGUAAAAGUAGUGGCGUUGGCAGAAACUUUUGUGGAUGAGAGGAAGAUGGAUAAAAUAAAGAAGAGCCUAUGGCUGGACAACGGGUGCUCAAACCAAGAAAAGGCUGGAAAAAUAUGGCUGCUAUGGGAUAAGAGUGUAGACGUGCAUGUAUUUCGCGUGAGUGACCAAUUUAUGACGGCAAAAGUGUGGGAGGGAAACACGGUGAUCUUACUAACCUUCGUGUAUGCCAAGUGCAGUUAUGGGUUACGUAGAAAGUUAUGGAAGGAUUUGGAGGAGGAAGCGCAGAUGAACAUACCUUGGAUGAUACUGGGUGACUUCAAUGUAAUAAGAACCAAUGGUGAAAGGAGGGGAGGUGCUCCUAGGCCCAUGAUAGCAAUGGAGGAGUUCAAUAGUUGGAUUAGUGAGUCUGGGCUCCUGGAAAUCAGUACCCAAGGCAACCAAUUAUCCUGGUGCAACGGGCGAGAAGGUUUAGCAAGGUGUUGGGCUCGGCUAGACAGAGGCUUCAUGAAUACCCAGUUCCUAGAGUUGCUCCCUCAAAUUUCUUUAACUUAUCUUGAGCGCAAUACGUCGGAUCACUCUCCAAUGAUAGUUUCAAGUGACCAACACGUCCAGAGGUACGGGCCAUCUCCAUUCCAUUUUAUACAUAUGUGGAUGGAUCAUGAAGAAUUCUUUAACCUUGCUAGAAAUUGUUGGGAGAAGGAAGGCUCGGGUAGUGGCUUGGAAAAGUUAGCUUUUAAGCUCAAGCGGAUGAAACAGAUGCUUAAAACGUGGAACAAGGAUAAGUUUGGCCGAGUGGAAAUAAUGAUCCGAGAGCUUGAACAGAGGGUGGAAGAUCUUGACUUUAAACUACAGGAGGGUUAUGAAGAUGCAAUAGAGCAAGAUCUACUAAUCUCAAAAAUAGAACUAGAUAUAUGGAAAAGGAGGGAGGAGUCGAUGCUAGCACAGAAGGCCAAAGUAAACUGGCUCAAAUUAGGGGACAACAAUACUCGCUACUUUCACUCAGUCUUGAAGAGACGGCAGCAGAAUCAAAUACAUCAUAUGCUCAAAACUGAUGGAACUUCUUUCGACUCUCCCGAAGAGGUACACGAGGGAGCUGUUGAAUAUUUUCAAAACUUGUUAAGAAAAGGAGAGGAGGGGGACCUACCUGACCUGAACACUUUAAUAGACAAAGCAAUAUCAGAAGAGGAAAACCUAGAGCUACUAAAGAGCCCUUCCGUAGAAGAAAUUCAGCAGGCCCUCUUCAGUAUUCCAACGGAAAGCAGCCCAGGACCCGACGGCUUUGGUUCUGCCUUUUAUAUACGCUGCUGGGAUUUUGUCAAAGGAGAUGUGAUAGAAGCAGUAAAGGACUUCUUUCCAGGAAAUCAAUUUCCUCGGUAUUAUACGGCGUCUUAUGUAGCCUUAAUUCCCAAAACACAGCAUCCAGCCAGUUUCGACAAAUUCAGGCCCAUAAGUCUAUGCUCGGUGAUAUACAAAGUGUGUUCGAAAGUAUUAGUAGCGAGGCUCGUACACAUCCUGCCGAGAUUAAUAUCUCCAGAACAGGGAGCGUUCGUAGCCAAGAGAAGCAUCCUCGAGAAUGUCAGCUUGACCCAAGAAAUGGUGCACUCCAUUCACAAAAAGAAAAAUGGGGGGAACGUGAUGCUGAAGGUAGACAUGUCUAAAGCAUACGACCAAGUGAAUUGGAAGUUUCUCCUGCAUGUGCUGGAAACCUUUGGUUUUUCGGAAGGGGUAUGUGGGCUGAUUAAAUCGUGCAUAACGACACCUUGGUACUCUAUCCUGUUGAAUGGUACUGCAAAAGGUUUCUUUAAAGGGGAAAGAGGUCUCCGACAAGGAGAUCCCCUUUGA